GAUGAGACACAAGCCACACAAAAAAGUAACAUGAAAAAAAGGAAAAAACAUUACAAACACAACCGACAAGGUUUCCAUUCGGAUUUGGUUAUCUUUGAAACUAAGCUUUUUACUUACUCCAAACCAAACAAAUCUGCUAAUAAUUCACUUCACUCUCUGAUUCAGUGUUCCAAAGGACUAAGAUGGGUUCAGUUUCUCUGAAAAUUGGAGAUGGAACAGCGAGAUUCCAAAGAGCAACACUGUGUUCUUCAGCUGUUAACAUUCUGAUGAUUUUCUCGGUCAUAACCACCAACCUCUUUGCUCUCUACGCCUUCACUGCUUCUCCAAAACACCCCCAACACCUUCUCCACAAUCAUGCUCACAAGAACAUUUCUCUGAUUUCGGAGCAGGUCUCGCUCAUUCUCAGGGAGAUCGAUUUGUCCCAGAAGAAACUGGCCCAGAUGGAAAAAGAGCUUCUGGGGUACGAAAGCAUUGAUCUUUCAAGGCCCAACAUUGCAUCCGAGCUCAAACUCUUCCUCCAGCGCCACCAGCUCCCUCUGGGGAAAGACUCAAGAACUGGGAUCACUGAGAUGGUGCCAUCUGUGGGUCACACCUGUGAGAAAAAUUCAGACUUGCUGUCUCAGUUCAUGAGUUACAAGGUUUUCGGAGCUUGCCCUGAUGAUUGGAGCGUGGCACAGAAGCUGAUCUUAAGAGGGUGUGAGCCUUUGCCUAGGAGGAGGUGUUUUGCAAAGACGGUUUCCAAGUUAGGUUUGUACCCUUUUCCAGAUUCUCUUUGGAAGCCUGUUGCUAAUAAGACUGUUAACUGGAGUGGUCUUGGUUGCAAGAACUUUGAGUGUUUGAAUAGUAAGAAGUUGAGUAGGGAGUGCAUUGGUUGCUUUGAUUUGGUCCAUGGCAAUGAGAAUGCUAAGUUUGUUAAGGCUAAGAGUAAGAACGAUUUUGUGGUUGAUGAUGUUUUGGCCUUGGGAGGUGGAGGGGUUAGAAUAGGGUUUGACAUUGGUGGAGGGUCUGGUUCCUUUGCUGCUAGAAUGGCUGAUAGGAAUGUUACUGUGGUUACCAACACUCUCAAUGUUGAUGCUCCAUUCAGUGAAUUCAUUGCUGCAAGAGGGCUUUUUCCUCUUUACUUGAGCUUGGAUCAUAGGUUUCCUUUCUAUGAUAAUGUGUUUGAUUUGGUUCAUGCUUCAAGUGGGUUAGAUGUUGGAGGGAAGAGUGAGAAAUUGGAGUUUCUGAUGUUUGACAUUGAUAGAGUUUUGAGGGCUGGUGGUUUGUUCUGGCUGGAUAACUUGUUUUGUGCAAAUGAAGAAAAGAAGCAAUCUUUGACUCGGUUGAUUGAAAGGUUUGGAUAUAAGAAAUUGAAAUGGGUUGUGGGAGAGAAGAUUGAUAGUGUUGGGUCUGGCAAACCUGAAGUGGUGUUAUCUGCAGUGCUUCAGAAACCUGUUAGAGUUUAGAUUCUGCAACUGCAAGAAGGAUCAAUAAUCUAGAUUCUGCUAUAUCUCUGAAUGAAUUGGUUCCAUUGGAAUAAGUACAAGAAUUAUUAUUUCCUUACCAAUUGUAAACCAGCUUUGCUUUUUUUUGAGGUGACAUAUAGUUUGUAUUUCAAGUUCUGUUUUAUAUCUCAUUCUGUAUCAACUGUCUUGUACUUUGAUAAAUUAUUAGAAAGAUGAAAAUUGAAUUACAUUUUUUGAUCUUA